AUGAAUGCUUUAUCCAAGAUGUUCCGGUUAUCCAACACUCCAGGUGCUCAGACGAGCGACGGUGAUGAGAUUUCUGCUGAGGCAGACGAACCACCAGAUGAUCGGAAGGGUGGAGCAGUCUUGGAUUUGAAUAGCAUUGCCUUCCAACCAUAUGCUAAGGCAAUACCCGCUCGAAUGGAAGGAAAGAAGUCUUUGCUCACCAGAGCCUUAAUGAGCAGUCCCGAAUCCUCACCUGUCGACCAGCCAAACCAAACUUCCCAUUUUAGUGGUUUCCAGCGAAAUUAUACGUCUUCAGUUUAUAGCAACGUCAGCGGCCCUUCAACUGCAGAAUUAACCAGCGAUGAAGAGACUAAAAGCCCAGCUUGGUCUCAUACUCCAAGCCCACCGUUGCCGUCUGGUUUUGCUGCUGCGCCAACCACAGCCAAUAAUGGAAUGGAAUACAAAGUUCCCAUUGGUCCUAUUGUUAGUGAGCAGGAGUCAAAAAUUGAAGCCAAUCUUGGACGGAAACGCUGCAUAACCUUCGCGUGUGGGCGAAACCUUGAUAGCGAAGAGAAAGCUUCGAGUGAACCGGUGAAGGAGGUGAACGAUCCUCCUAAACGAAAAUCGAUGCUAACCUUCGCUUGUCAUUCGCGACCAAUUGACGACAAUGAUACUAAAGUGGACCAUUCCAUCGUUUGCAGAAGCUCUAUAUCAGCUAGACGUCGUGGCGUUUCCACUCUUGCUCUACGCAGGUGCAGUUCAGACUCUUCAACACGACAGAACGAAAUUGAUCAUGAACAUCUUUCAAAGAAUGAAUCCAGAGCUGCUCCCCAUGUUGCUGGCCUCGGUGAAUUUGAGCACUCUGAAGCCACUCGAUUUCACGAAUUCGGGAGUUCUUUGGAAGACGAUGAUUGGGUGAAGCAAGUGACAGACUACAAGGAGAAAAUGACCAUGAACGAUUGCAUGAAGAAAGAGAUUGCUAUCAUGAAGCUUGGCGAGGAGGUGGAGGAGGAAGCCAGACAGGAUGAGGAGGGCACAGAAGACGAUGCAGAAGACGAAGAUGGCGCUGACGAUGAGGAUGACGAUGAAGAUGAAGGAUAUGAUGAGGACGAAGACGAAGACGAAGAUGAGGAUGAGGACGCAGAUGAUUCCACGGUUUAUGAUGUUGCUUCCGACGCCGGCAAUGAGACUGAUAACGAAGCUGGCUUUGCGGACUCGGAUGAAAGUGGCAACGAGUCAGAGGACGAAUUCUGGUCCCUGAAAAUGGUGACUGCGGCUACAAGUGUCGAUCAUUGUGACGUCGUCCAACAUUUUGAGCGACGAAGUUCAAACACUUCAAUCGAGUCAUCGAAGGUGCGACGGGACAACCAACAAUCAAUGCCACCCCCAGCUCUCAAGCCUUGCCACAAGCGCCACCAGUCAAUUAAGUCCCAGAAACUUCGUCGUUCCAGCACACCAAACUUGCCCGACAGCACAGAUUUCGUUUGUGGAACUUUUGAUGAAGACCGUCCCCUGGAAGCGGCGUAUCUCUCUUGCUUAGAGGAACGUCGCCGGGCAAAACAUAUCCCCAUUCCUCAGGACAUCGACCCAAGCUUUCCCACAACAGAUCCCGAAGAUGAAGAUGGCGACGAUGACGACCAAAAUGAUAAUCAAGAUGACAUUACGGAAAGGUUGAGAGCGUAUGAUUCGGAUGGGCUUCACGGAAGACAAAAAGCAGGCAGCCGUAAAACAUCUCCAAGUUACUCUCCAAAACGUCACCAGUCACCUCCGCCACGCCGCGUUCUUGGGCAUUCUCCUCGAUGUAUGCGAUCCCCGCCUCAAGCAAUGAGAUUAAGAUCCCCACCCCCAACUCGCCGCGCUUCUCUCGCCACAGCAGCUCUCCACCACCCCAUUGGUAUCAACAUCAGCGGUCUCGCGCAGAGGCCACAUCGACGCCAUUCCAGGUCUCUUCCUCGCACUCCAAAUCCUUUCUUCGCUCGCAUGGAUCGUCGUCGGUCUUCAAAAGCCACCUUGCCCUCUGCGAGCCAAAGCGGUGAACCCAACAGUCGUGACAUGCACACACGUGGACCCAUCGACAUCGUGGAGGGACUGGAAAAGAAGCGCCAGAAGCGAAAGGAGAAGUUUUGGCGCCAGCAUUGCCGGAAAGCUGCCAAAGAAAAUCUUGAGCGCAAACCUCUUCCUGGAAAGGGGGCUGAACGAAUGAAAGAACUUGGACUUGAAGUUGCGGAACGUUUCAGGGCAUACGGCGUUGCUCAGGGUGCCCAACAACUUGUUCUUUCGAUAUAA